UUCAUAACUACAGUCUUCAUCUGAAGCCCAAAUUAAAGUAUGCAGACGGGGCAGGCUGCCUGUGGACCACCGCUUCAAACGGAGUCUACAGCCCGGCUGAGAGCAGACGACGUAGAGAUGCGGGACAGCCCUGAUCGGCGGGUUUUCGGAGGAGAAAGGAAGAUGCUGCUGCUGCUGCUGAGGCUGCUGCUGCUGAGCGCUGCCGGCUGCAGCGGGUCGCUGUAGUCAGUCUGCACAGAGCGGAGGGGAGCUGCUUCAACACCGCCUGUAUAGACCGGUUCACACACACUGACCUGGACCAUGAGCAAUGAUUCGCCUGUUCUGACAAGUCUGACUGAGCACUCCACCGAUGUGCCUGUGGCGGCAGGCCAGGUGGAGAACUAUGUGCUGCUGUUGGUGCUGCUGAGUGUUUUUGCCGGGGGGACGCUGGUCCUGCUCUCCCUGCUGCUCCUCUUCUGUCACCGCUGCUGCUUGGGUGGACGACGCUACUCCAGAGCGAGUGAUGACCCAGAGAAGACAAACACCACUUAUGCUGAGGAUUCUCAGCCCACCCAAGAGAUCACCAUUCAUCUGGAUGAAUCAGACGCUCUCUCAGCUGCCAGCUGUCACGAUGGAGAGUCGGAGCGAUUUGUCUCCACUGGGUCUACCGGCCGCAGAGUCUCAUUUAAUGAAUCUGCACUUUAUGAACAGGAGAAGACGACCCAGGACAAAGGACGCAGGUACACUCUGACUGAGGGAGACUUCCACCACCUGAAAAAGGCCCGGCUGACCCACCUUCACCUGGCUCCGGCCCCGUGUGACCUGAAGAUCCUCACCAUCAUGGAGUGUGACUCAACAGAGAGCAGCACCGUCAACAUCAAUGAGACCGCAGCUCCCAAACUGCCCCUCGCUAUCUACCAGCCCACUGAGAGAAGAGUCCCUGACUGGGUGGGACUCAGCCUCAGCGGAGGUCUGCCUGGAGACCCGCACCACUCCACCAUACUGGACCAGGGCCCCAGACAGGCUUCAUCCGCCAUGAAAGCACAGCAGUCAUGGUCCCAGACAAUGGAGGCUAUCGGGGACAGGGGAGAGGCUGAGAGCGAAAGGGGGAUGAGAGGAGAGUCGACUCAAGCUCCGGGACAGACUUCAGUUCUACAUUUCUUCUCUAAACUGCGGCGUCAUGCCAGUCUGGAGGGGGCAGGGCCUUACUUCAGGAAGUGGAAGUUUGACAGCAGUCAUCGGGCUGCCAGCCUGGAUGCCAAAGGAUCCCCCAAGAGGAGGCCCUUCCAGAGACAGAGAGCAGCAAGUGAAACCACUGAUCACACCGACGACGACUCUUUGUCCCUCGGAGAUGAGGUCAUUGAGUCGUUCCCACAGUCCCCUGUCCUGACCAGUGGCCUCCAGUCCCUCUCUGCAGAGUCUCUUUCUCCACCAGAAACUGUACUCACGUCAUCAAUCUUCCUCAGCAGGUUAAAACCAGAGGCCAUGGUGGAGUUAGGUAGCAGCGGCCCCAGAGGAGAGGAUCUCUGUUCACCAACAAAUGAUUGUCACGCCCAGAGGCAGGAGGAGGCAACAGCCAAUGGGACAGGAGUAGAAACAGAAACAAAGUUCGGUGCAGGUACAAGAACAGAAGCAGUGGGAGUCGAGCUAGAGUCGGUAGAAGAUGACGACUUUUUUGCGGUACGACAAGGAACUGCUGUACAGGAAAGGUUCGAAGACAUGUUAAAUACACCUAAAGACACACAGACAUCGGACGUGAGGAAAACGAGUGAGGCAGAUGAAGGAGAUGAGCUGGUGUUGGGAGCUGAGGCCAGGUUAAGGGCCGGCUCAGGCUCAUCCCUUUCCUUCAUGAUUCGCCAGGAGAGCUCGGAGGCUCCUCCCUCCCUGUACAGAGACAUUUGGAGCUUGCGAGCCUCUCUCGAGCAAUACGCCUCCUCAGACCAGAGCAGCACAGAUCGGGAGUCCAUCCGCAGUGAUGCCGACAGCGUCUCAUCCCAUGGUGGUGCAGGAGCUCGCUCUGGCCUGGACAGCUGCUUGUCCCAAGACCUGGACGAUGAGCCUGAAGGAGAAGGCGAGGGAGAGAUGUUGGAGGGAGGAUUCAGAGGGGCGUCAGGUGGGAAUAAUGAGGUGGGAAGUGGAGCUGGGGGAGAGGGUGAGGCAGGGAAUCGUAAACUCCUCCAGAUGGACAGCGGCUACACCUCCAUUGAAGCACCAUCCAGGGCACCAGAAGAAAUGCGGCUUUUUGGGACUCCUGGAGCUCCGAGAGGGAAGACGGCAUCUGAGAGAAGGUUGUUCUUCACCAGCUCUGGGAGAAAAGGUUCAGUGUGCGAGAGCGUCGAGGCCAGGCAGUUUCAGGAGGAGCUGGAGGAUGAGAUGGACGGCACAGAGGAGAAACUAAAGGAGAGAUCUCAAACUGGCAGCCAGUCUCUUACCCUUCAAGAACCACAUCAGCUUCUGAAAUCCCUUCAACCUCCAGAAUCACAAUCACAGUUGAUGUCUCCUCUGAUUAAGCCAAUCCCACAGUCCUCUACUCCCCACAAACCCCAUCUCCACCGCCGCGACUACAGCAUCGACGAGAAGACAGACGCUCUCUUCAACGAGUUCCUCCGUCACGAUCCACGCUUUGACCAGCAGGAUUCGCCGCUGCGCUCCAGGCACCGAUCCAGAGUUCACCUCCGAAAACAGUGGCAGCGACACAAGCAAUACAGCGACCCAGGUUCAGGUGCUGGGGGUAGGUACUCCCCAUCUUUGGAGAGGCAGAGGUUCACGCCGCUGAGGAGAGGCGACAGCGCCGGUUACCCUCUGGACACCAGGUAUCACAGCACACUCUCGCGCAUUGCGAGUGCUGCUGACGAGGAAGCCAGCGAGGUUGCGGCCUGUGAGGUUGCGGCCUGUGAGGAAGCCGCCAAAGAGAGCACAGAUGACAAAGAUGAAGGAGGUGCCGAGGAAGCCUCAGAAAGUACAGCCGACACAACCUCCGAAGGCACCGACGCAACAAAGAGUUGCACAGAGUCGACUGGUGAUGGCUGCCAGGUCUCUACAAAAAAGGGCAAGGGAAGCACAACUAGCCGGUCUUUGACCACUACACAGAUGAGCAACAUGGAUCCGAGAAUCAACAACAGAAACAACAACAGCAGUCAAGCUAUUCUAUCCGAGAGCAGCCUGACAGACAAGCUGGUCGUGUCGGUUGAAGAGAGGCUCUACAGCAGCCUGCGCAGUGCAGAGAAGCUUGGCCACGGAGGAACGGAGCGUGUGCUCACCGUGUCACACACAGCCUCACCCGGCUUCAGUCCCAUAUAACCGGUUAACAAUCUCAUCUUCUUCAUCGACUUUAUUUCACAUCCAUUAUCUAUAGACGACAGACUUGAACAAAAGGGUCUUUAGCACUUCAAGCAUCAUCAUGUAGAUGCUUGGCCAUUUGUGUCCGUUAUAUUUGGGUAAAUAGCUGACGCAUCAAAACACAUAUGUCCUAAAGGACAGAAGAGCAGUCUCUUCCAGCAUUUCCAUUCAGACCUUGAUUUCCACUGUGACGCAAUGUGACACGUGAUGCUCCCUUUUUAUUGAUAACCAUUCUCAAAAUCAAAUGCAUUUGUUACAUAGCUUUGAAAAUAUAGACCCAUCUUUAGAAAAAUGUAAUAUUUUCAGACUUAACUGUGAAUUUUCAGCAUGCUACUGUAUGUCCAAACAACGUGUGUGUGAAUACUGUACAGUUUUGACUUUAAAACAAAAAGCACUUUGAUGGGAAGAAAGAUAACGAUGGAGUGUCCGUCACCCAUUUCUCUCAUUUCAAAACCAUAUCCUCAAGUGUCCUUCUCGUCUCGAUCACCACGAGGGUAAAUGUCUCCGUGAAAGCUUGAGGUUUAUGUAUUUGGCGAUAAGAACAGUGAUCAUGUAAAAAAACAUAACUUAAGUGCUCGCAACCCUGUCAUUUACACCAUAUCAGCAGAUCUGUAAAAACAGAUGGGAUACCCAAACUACACAGCCAACACAGCAUUCUGAAUAACAUGCAUCAAGAAUUUUUUAUACUCAUAUUUCAUAUAUUUUUAUAGGAUUUUUGUUAACCAUUUGUCCCCGUUAUUCAUCAUAAUUAAGGAGGCGGUAUCAGGGUUUGAGCGAAGUGUUGCAUCAGUGCCGGGAGAUGAUACGUAAAGUGACUGACAUAGGAGCCUCUCAGGCUUUCAGACAGAUGGUCCAGUGACAAAGAGUUGAGGCUGUGAAAGGAGAGGUUGAAACUGAAUAGCAGUGGAAUAAACUCACUCCGUAUUACUAAAUAAAAGAUACGUCUGGUGAUAUUCUAUAUUUUUCUUGUCAACAAAUCCCACAAAAAGACCAAAACCAACAAUGAAUUCAUGAUACGAUCAGGAAUUACCUGUAUAGUCAAAGCCUGAUUUAGUUUAUAGCUCUCCAUUGUUGUCCAUAAACUAUUAAAAAACUGAAACGGUGAGCCUCGUCGCAGGAGCAGGUGACAUUCAAUCAUUGCUACAAAUAGGCACAUUCAUUCAUUUAUUUUGAGUGAAGCCCACUCAUAAAAACUGCGCCGUUAACCCACGGCUGAAAAUAGUGCCCGAAAAAUGCAGCGGCCAGCAGUUUUAGUAAAUGAUUUACCAUUUCUUAGGAAUUAUCUAAAGUUGAAAAACAAUGGGCUUGGAGCCGAGAACCACAUAGGGGCUGGGGAAGUCAGAAAGUAUUAAGAGACAAACUGACACCUUCUUGGUUUUGUUUAUUUGUUGGCAUUGGAAAAAAUAAAAAAUAAAUAAAUAUUUGCAGCCCAAUACUUAAAGUGAUACUUUGCAGAUAUCCUCCGUGUUUACAGGUUAAAAUCACAGGACUCCACUGUGUGUGCCAGUAUGGUUGUAACAUUAUUUGUUAAGCAUUCAUGUCAAACUGUAUUUCUUCAAACAUGAGAACAAUUGCUGCACGUUAUGCGUGAUGUCACCUGGGAAACUGCGAUGGCAGGUAGCGCGUGUCCCUUUUCCUUUCACAGACGUGGGUUGGAUCUAGAAUACCUGUAUAUUAUAAAACUCAUGUCUUUGUCCUCAAUCAUAGUGGACCAUCUGUUUUAUUGUAAAUGAGUAGUGCAGAAAAUUAAAAUGUCUCGCAGCCUUGACAAAUGCUAGACCGUGUGGGACCAACUGAGGCCCUUAUUCAUUUUGGACCGAAACAUUUUUUUGUGAAUAAAAACAUGAACAAAACCGGA